GGGUGGAGAGACGGAGGAGAGACGGCGCUCGGGGUGGCAGCGGGAGCCUCGCUCCACGCCUCGGACCGGCAGCGCUGGGGAAGGAGAUCCUUAUUUGGCUUCCCCUUCCCCACCGGGCCGGGUGCGCUGGAGCUGCCCUUGAGGGGAUGGUGUAGGGACGGGGCAGCUGCUGCAGGCUGCUUGGGGAGAGCCUGUUCCAUGUCGGAGCAGCACUGCCCCCCCUGCCCCGCGCCCCGGCCAGCCCAGGAGAGGAGAAGGACGGUCUGCAGGGAGCAGCUGGAGCAAAGGAAGAGGUGACCACGAUGCUGCAUCAACAUGGGAAGCCCUGGAGGUCCAUGUGCAAGGGGCUCAUCCUGGGAACCCUCCUGACCAGCUUCAUGCUGCUGCUCUACUCCUACGCUGUGCCCCCGCUGCAAGUCAGCAUGACAGAGAUCCCCGUCCCCUCCUGCUCCUCCUCCCAGCUGCAAGCCAAGGGCUCAGCGAUAGCCAACGGCACGCGCAGCGCUUCGGGAGCCGGCUGCCGGCCCAAGCUGGACAUCAUGUUCAUGAAGACCCACAAGACGGCCAGCAGCACCAUCCUCAACAUCCUCUUCCGCUUCGGGGAGAAGCACCGCCUCAAAUUCGCCUUCCCCAACGGCCGCAACGACUUCUACUACCCGUCCUUCUUCGAGCGGAGCCAGGUGCAGCACUACCGCCCGGGUAUGUGCUUCAACAUCAUCUGCAACCACAUGCGCUUCCACUACGAGGAGGUGCGCAAGCUCCUGCCUGCGGACGCCACCUUCGUGACGGUGCUGCGGGACCCCGCCUACCUCUUCGAGUCCUCUUUCCACUACUUCGGGCGCGUCAUCCCCCUCACCUGGAAGCUGCCGGGGGAGGACAAGCUGGCCGAGUUCCUGCGGGACCCCUGGCAUUACUACGACCCCAAUGGGUUCAACGCGCACUACCUCCAAAACCUCCUCUUCUUCGACUUGGGCUACGACAACAACAUGAACGCCGACAGCCCGCUGGUGGAGCAGCGCAUCCGGGAGAUAGAGCAGCGCUUCCACCUGGUCAUGCUGCUGGAGUACUUCGACGAGUCCCUGGUGCUGCUGAAGGAGCUGCUGUGCUGGCAGCUGGAGGACAUCCUCUACUUCAAGCUGAACGCUCGCAAGGGUUCCACCGUGUCGCGGCUGACGCCUGAGCUGUACGACAAGGCGACUGCUUGGAACCUCAUCGACGCCAAACUCUACCGACAUUUCAAUGCCACCUUCUGGCGGAAAGUGGAGGCCUACGGGAGGGAGCGGAUGGCCAAGGACGUGGCUGAGCUGCAGCGGGAGAAUGAGAAGAUGAAGAGCAUCUGCAUCGACGGGGGGCACGCCGUGGACGCCAGCGCCAUCCAGGAGUCCUCCAUGCAGCCCUGGCAGCCGCUGGGGGAGAAGUCCAUCCUGGGCUACAACUUGAAGAAGAAGAUCAACAAGAAGCACCAGAAGCUGUGCCGCAAGAUGCUGACGCCCGAGAUCCAGUACCUGACGGACCUCGGGGUCAACCUGUGGAUCACCAAGCUGUGGAGCCGCGUGCGGGACUUCCUCAAGUGGUAGGAGCAGCGGGCGCCCUGCGGGAGAGCUGGCGGCUCACGUCUUCCUUCCUUCGUGUGCCUUUGGGUUAGACACGAGCAGAACACCGCGGUGGGCCCUCAGCCAACCCCGGGCACCCAGGAGUGGAGGAGGGGACGUGGGGACCCAGUUGGGAGGACGCGGGCUGUGUGGGUUGGUUGGGGGUUUGAGGUUUUUCCCAACAGGAUCCACUUCUUCCUUCCACGUGGAAAUGCCAGAGGUGGUGUGUGAAGGGCAGGGCCCCAUCGUGCCCCUGUUGCAGCGAUGGACAUCCACCACCACGUCCCUGGAGGUGCACAGCGGGUCAGACGGCAGUGGGACCCAUGGAGAGCGGGGCCAGGGACCUGCGGGGGAUUUGGAGCUCAUGCUGACUCACACCCAAAGGGCUGCUUUCACCACUCCCUAUCCUUCCAUCCCAGAUUUUGGGCUCCCUGUCCGAGCUCAUCAUGCCAACCGUGCUGCUUGGGCUUCCCCAGCCCACAGGUCCUCAGUGCACCUGUGGCCGUCAGUCCCUCAGCAAGCCCCAGCAGGUUUCUAAGCGUUAUCCGUGCUUGAGUUUGGAGAUCAUCAAAACCACCCCAAAGCCUGUGCCAGCAGUGGUCCCCAGCGUGUCCCCGCAGCACCCUGUGGCAGCAGGUCCCCCCAGCAUGCUGCUUUCCCAGUUAGAGGACCCCGUGGUGCUGAUCCCUGGUGGGGACACCCUGGUAGGACCAUGGGGUCUGGUGAGGACUGUUGUGGGGAGCAGGCGUGGAGCCCGCAGUGCCGGCACCUGGGGUGAGCGACACACAGGGACGAGGCAGGAGCAGACGGGGUGCAGCGUGGAGACAGGCUGGGCAGAGCUGGUGGUGGGGACAGCCCCAAUGGGGACCACCACAUCACAGGGUGCCCUCGGGUGUCCCGGCCGGGCUGGAUGACAAUGGCAUGGGGCAAAGCCAAGAGUGGCCCUGGCCAUGGCACCGCGUGGCUGCAGGGGUGACAGCAGGUUGUCGCCUGCCUGGGGCAGCAGCGGGGAGCCCAGCUCAGCUCUGCCACCCUUCUGUGAGUUCAUGUUCUGCUCUGUUUGUGAAGGCAAGCAAUAAAACAACGACGACAACAACAAAAGCAAUUCUACUUUUGUAAGAUAAUUGUAUUGUAUAUUUGGCAGUUUUUAAUACACCAAUGGUCCAGCUGCUCUC